UUUCUCAAGUUCUUCCAGAGAAGUCACACCGUCUCGCAUUCCUGUCUGUCGCUCCAGGGACUCACAUCUCUCCAUAUGGAUUUCUUUAACUUUAGGCUGCCUUUGCUCAUUUUGGUCGCCCUUGGAUGCUAUUCCGAGGGCAGCCCGCUUCUCUACGACAAAACGAACGGCGUUAUCGGUAAAAAUGUGACCUUCAAGACAACAAUCACCUCAGCAAAGGAUUUUCUAACCAUAACAUGGAAUUUCAACAAAGGUUCAGAAAUUGUACCGAUAAUGACAAGUGUCCUAAUGACAAACACCGAUAACAUAGAGGAGACGUACGCCAACAGAAUCACCUACAAUAAAACGACGUGUGAGCUUCAGCUCGGGCCGCUGGUGAAGGAGGAUAAGGGGGAAUAUAUUCUCACUAUAGUGACUCUCAAAGGAAAGCAGCUGUCCGGACAGAUUGAUCUUAAUGUUCUUGAACCUGUAACUGACGUCAAGAUUUCGUCCAAUCUCUCCGAAGCUGUAGAGCUCAACAGCACCGUGGUUCUUACUUGCUCUGCCAAAGGCUCCUUUACUUACAAGUGGCUGAACGGCUCAGUUCCUUUAGCGGUGGAUGGCACGCAUAUAAAACAAAAUGCAGUCGGCAAUGAGCUAACUAUCUCUGAAGUUUACCGUACAGAUCUGCGAGGACCCAUCUUCUGCGUUGCAGAGAACGCGCUGGAGUCAGGGAAGAGCGCUCCAUUCAAUCUCACUGUGAGCUAUGGUCCAGAGCAAAUCGUCAUGACACAGAGUCCAACAGGAUCGUUCCUUACGAAAGGCUCUAAUUUAACCUUCACGUGCUCAGCCCAGUCCGACCCUCCUGCUCAGCUCCAGUGGAUGUUUAACGGCCAGGCGAUGCCUCAGAAGACCUCGCUCAACAUCACCCUCGCCAAUGUGGAGGAAAAACACAGCGGAAACUAUAGCUGCGUGGCCUACAAUGCUAAAACCAAACGCUUCGUUUCCUCGCAGGUCGCUGUGGUGUCUGUUCUGGAGGCAUUAUCUGGAACAAAUAUCUCCGGCUCGUCAUCACUCCUCAUCGCUGGUAACAGCACGGUCAACAUCACCUGCUCGGCAGCUGCUGGAAAAGCCGAAAGCGUGGAAUGGCUGAAGGACACCAAACCUGUGACUUCUGGUGACCGUUUAACUCUCUCGGCUGACAAGAAAACUCUGACCAUCGUUAAAGUUGUUAAAGAGGAUGCUGGCAGCUACAAGUGCCAACUGCAGAACAAAGUCAACAAAGACGAAAGCACCUAUGUGAUGGUGAUCAACUAUGGUCCAGAAAGUGUGAAUGUUAAAGGAAAGAAUGCAGUGAAGUUUGACGAACGUGCAGAAUUGAAAUGCUCUGCAGACUCUGUUCCUGCCAGUAAAUUCUCGUGGAAGCUCAAUGGUACAGCGUUGAACAACAGCCUGCCAGACAUCGUCAUUGAGAAGGCCAAAGCCACGGACAGUGGCACGUACACCUGCGAGGCAUUCAACCCCAUCACAGGAAUGACCAAAACAACAACUCACAAAUUCGCAGUCACAGAGGUCGGUGUGGUAGACGAGGGCCUGUCUGGUGGAGCGAUUGCUGGGAUUGUAAUUGGAGUUCUUGUGGCCAUAAUCAUCAUCGCUUGUAUUAUAAAGCGCAAGAAAAAGUCAGGCACAGACAUUCCAUCUCCAUAUUAAAGCGAGAAGCGACCCGAGCGCAUCUUCAAGACCGACCCUUCAGCCAUUUAUCAGUCUUUUUAUCUGCAAAUGCCUUCUAUCAAGGCAACUGGAAAAACUGCCCUCACGAGUGACUUAAACCUGAAGGUUUGGCCCUUUCAGGAGCUUGACGUGUUUAUAAAUGCCCAUUGUUUUUUUUCUGUUAUACCCUGUGCAAACGUACCCCAAUCUAAAAGGAGUCAACGGCAAGACCUUAUCUGCAUCUCUUCCAUUGUUCUUCAAGAAACACGAUUCGGCCUCCAUCGCCCUCUCAAUCCUUCACCUGACCCUAAACCGACAGCUCGGCUCGACGUCACGGAGGUCCGUUUGAAAGAGCUCUGUUUUGGGUAACGCAAUCCACCCUGAUAUGCACUGAGGGGCGACGAGACGGUCACAACGCACCCACAAGGCACUGAAACAUCGGGAAUUUAAGACCUGUUGAACAUGCUCUGCAGUCCCAAGGCGAUGAAGAUACGCAUGGCUGACUUGACUUGCAGCCGAAGGCGAUGUCGAGCUGUCGACGGAAGGUCAUUCGUGGCGAAGCGUGCCUUCUUAAAGAUGCAGGCUUAAAGCUUCUUACACCUUUGCCGUGUUUUUGCUCCACUUUUUUUCUUUUUUGAACCCUUCAUCUCUUCCUCUUCCUGUGUCUCUUAGCGAGCCGUUCACAUUGUAUUUUAAGAGCAAGGCAAGAUCCAACACGCUUCAACUCCGAAGCGGGAAAGAAAAAAAAUGCAUUUUUGCGGACAGCGACAUGCCACAGUUUUGCAGCGAAAUUGCUACUCUGUCCUUGGGCGUCCCCACAACGGCUCGUCCUGCUGUAAUCAGGAUUCCAAUGGAUUUCUAAAACAGGCCUGUUUUCAAAAUCACCUUGAGUUGACGCAAAACAUACUUCAUCUGAAGUUUGAAACUGAACAGUGUUUGUAUUAAUGCGUUUGUUGAUAAUUGCGUUCGAGUUGUUCUUCUUUUUAACUGAUGCUCAUUCUUUCCUUCAUUGUUUAGUUUUUCUCUUCGACCAAAACGGUGAUCUUGAAGAUCUAGUGAUCCGCUUGAUGUUGCUCAGAUCUGUCUAGAUAGAGAUGCAGCUGUGUUGAAUCUCAGCUUGUCUUUAUUUGUUUGUUUGUAUACGGUGGCAAAGCAGACAUUUUACCUGGCAUUUCCCAUCUUUUUAAUUGCUUUUUUUUUUUUUUUUUUUUAAAUCUUUAUUUAAAGAGGUAUGGCUGGAAAAAAAAACAAAACAAAAAGCCUCUGCUCCUGAAUGGCAAAUAUGUUCAAAUAUAUUACAAAUAUAUAGUUUAAAUUCUAUUUCAUAAUAGACAAAAAAGGCCAAGUUAAAAAAAUUGCUGAUAAAUUUGCAUAAAUAUAUUUUUCUAUACGUUUUAGUUUAUUUUAGCUUGUUAUAUAUUUCUGGGCCUUUUUUCAUAUUUUCAGUCUGAAUAUAUUUUUAAUGUAUAUUAUAUAUUGUCCAAAAUAUAUAUUUGAACUAAUGCAUACACCAAAAAUUAAGAUUGGACAUAGUACAUACUUUUUUUUCUUUCUUUUUUUUUUUAAUAAUAUAUAAUAUAAUAUAUUUUGCCAUUUGAAGGUUUAAAAGGAAUGUGUUUUUAAUUAGAAAAAUUAAAUGUUUUUAUUUUUCAUUAUAUAAUAAUACCAAUAACAACAAUAAAAUAUGUAUAAUAUAUUCUUAACAUAUAUUUAAAAUAUGUUUUUUUGCCAUAUGAGUGAGCAAACAUCCAAAUAAAAUGUCCAGCGUCCACUUCAACAAGACCUAUUGGGCGAGCAAUAUAAUAUUCAUGAGUUAAUCUGAUUUGUAACACGUCUUUGCCCACACUUUCUUCUAACCCUAGAUAUGCGCAAGCACCAUUCAGAGCCGUCUCAAUAUGUAUGUAUGUGCAAAUCGACUACAAAAACACUAACACCUUUAUUAAAGUUGUACUCCUCUUUAGCAUUAAAACACACGACUAUCAUAAAACGCUGAGCUUUAUAACUCCUUGCAACUCCUGUAGACAGUUUGAUCUGUUUUCAGUGGUCUGGGCUGUUGAUGCGGAGAGACCGGUAAUCAUACGAGUCUGACCACAGAUACACUGAAUUAAGGGUUAGUUUGUACUGUACCACGCUGUGGAGACAGACAUCACUGAGUCAUCAUUUGACAGGGUGCAGAUGGAAGCCAUAGCUUAUUUUAGGUGUUGUAUUGAAUGUGAAAUGUUUUUGUAUAGGAUAGAUAGAAUUUCAAAUGCAAUUGGACAAUGUCAAAUUUAAAAUGGAAAUUGUUUUUGUUUUUUUGGGGUUAUUCUUGCACAACGAAUGCUGUUGAGUGCAGUAAAGUUUUUUUUUUUUUUUUUUUUUUUUUUUUUUUUAAAUAGUCAACAAACAACAUCUGUCAUUUGCAAAAUGUUCUCAGGUUGUUUACAGGGUGUUUAUAUUCUCUUAAAGUGCAGUGCAUUCAUUUUUUUAUAAUCUCAAUGUUUCUUUUAAUAUAAUUUAUUUUCAGAUGUUUUGCCUUUUUAUGUAACUGUUGUUAUGUGUUUAACUAAGAAUGUUUGAACUGCCCCACUUUUUUGUGACAUUCAUUGAUUAAAAAGAAAAUAAUACUUGAA